AUGGCCACCAUCCGCUUUUAUAGCAGGAAUGGAGGAAGCCCCACUUACCACAGACAGACUUUCCUCUGGAUCAUCGAAAUGAAUUUUAAGAUUUUUGCUUUCAUCACCCUUGUAGCUAGGGCGCUAGGAAGCACUGUUCCGUCACACAACACUCCUGCUCCAACUUACAAUGCUCCAGCUCCGUCUUACAGAGCUCCUGCCCCUUCUUACAACGCCCCUGUUGCUUCCGUAAGUAUUGAACCGAUAUUCUACAGUGGAGCAGCUCAGUACAACUUCAACUACGCGGUGAAGGACGACUACUCUGGAAACGACUACAAUCAUCAAGAAAAUCGUAAUGGUUACGAUACUCGGGGAGCUUACUACGUUCUCCUUCCCGAUGGCCGUGUACAGAGAGUUUCCUACACCGUUAACGGCGACUCCGGAUACGUUGCCGAAGUUACUUACGAAGGAGAGGCCCAACAUCCUGCUUACCAGCCUGCUCCUUCUCGCUCCUACCAGCCCGCCCCCGCCCCUUCCUACCAACCAGUUCUUACUCCCUCCUACCAAACCACUCCUACCUAUGCAUAA